CACGGCAGAUCCUUCUCUGCUCUCCCGGAUCUCAAGGUUUUUAGCAACGUUUCUGGGGUUCUAAUUCCUGAGGUUUGCUCGAUGUCUAAAGCCAAUGAUGUGGAAAACCCUUCUAAUGUGGAGGUUCAGAAAGGUGCUGAGGCCCCCUUGCCCUUUAGUCAUGAUAUCCAGGGAACUUGGUACAGUGCAUUCCUCCAACAAUUUUCGGUAUACGGCAUCGCUGCUGGAUAUUGCUUAUCUGCAUCUUUGCUCUCAAUCAUCAACAAAUGGGCUGUCAUGAAAUUUCCGUAUCCUGGGGCACUAACUGCCCUCCAGUACUUAACCAGUGCGGCUGGCGUCUUCAUUUGUGGACGGUUCAAGUUAAUUGAGCAUGACUCUCUGGACCUACUGACCAUGUGGUGGUUUCUACCAGCAGCUAUCAUCUUCUACUUAUCUCUUUUCACCAACAGCGAGCUACUCCUCCAUGCCAACGUGGAUACUUUCAUUGUAUUUCGAUCUGCAGUUCCCAUUUUCGUUGCAAUAGGGGAGACACUCUUCUUACACCAGCCAUGGCCAUCCCUUAAGACAUGGCUGUCAUUAGGCACCAUCUUUGUAGGAAGUGUGAUCUAUGUGCUGACUGACUACCAGUUCACAUUUAUGGCUUAUAGUUGGGCUCUGGCUUACUUGGUUAGCAUGACCAUAGAUUUUGUUUACAUAAAGCAUGUAGUUAUGACCAUUGGUUUGAACACAUGGGGUCUUGUGCUGUACAACAAUCUUGAGGCUCUUCUACUUUUCCCAUUGGAACUGCUUAUAAUGGGUGAGUUGAAGAAGAUCAAACACGAAUUCUCCGAUGAAUCUGAUUGGUACUCUUUUCAAGUGGUUUUGCCGGUGGGAUUGUCUUGUUUGUUUGGUCUAUCCAUAUCUUUCUUUGGAUUUUCAUGCCGCAGGGCGAUUUCUGCAACGGGAUUUACGGUUCUUGGCAUAGUGAACAAGUUGUUGACUGUUGUGAUUAAUUUAAUGGUAUGGGACAAGCAUUCAACUUGGGUGGGUACAGUGGGACUUUUGAUUUGUAUGCUUGGUGGCAUCUUCUAUCAGCAAUCAACAAGCAAACCAAAGGCUCCAAAACAAGUUACUGCACAAGAGAGUGAUGAGGAACAACAGAAGCUGCUUGAGAUGCAAGCUAAUUCAGAGACCAACAUCAGGGAAAAUGAAACUGCAAAAUCAUAGGAGCCAAUCAAAGAGAUUAUUUUUACUUUCCACAUUUGCAUAAUUCCUUGCAAGUGUACAUUGGUUUCGCAAUCAUCUGAUGUAAGUUAUUCUUUUAAAUUAUAUAGAUGUAAUUCCAUGAUUCUUUCUCGGCCUUCAAUUUCAUAUGGAUUUAUUUGUUUUCUAGUGGCCUUUAUGUGCUUUUUAGGAGAAAAACAGGCUCGGAAGGCAUUUAAA